AUGGAAGAAUCUUUGAUUCAAGAUGAACCAAUUAAAAGGACCAUAAAAAUAGUUGUAGAUUCCAUUGAAAACAUUACGGUGAAAGAAGAGACUGGCAUAUCGUUUAUCGUGAUACAUAAUGACGUAGUGCUCGGAGAAAGUACUCCUCUCAUUAUCGAUCCGGGUUUCAAGGAACCGCCACAAAUUUAUGACGUCAAUUUCGGGGUCGAAUUUUUAUUUAUAGUUAAUGAUCGCAAUAGCAUGGAUCGAAUCGUAUCAACGCCGAUUUUAAUAAAGGUAAUAAGUGAUGUCCAAGAUCAACAUAUGUCUGAUUCCGGCAGAUCAGUUACGGAAUCCAAGCAGAAAGUAGCAGUGAUCUUUCCACAGCAAAUAUCAACAAACGUAAUUGGUUUUUGCACUCUCGAUCUAAUGCCGAUAUUGCUAGGUGAAAAAUUGCUCGUUGAAAGAUUAAUAGUGCAAAUGCCACAUCUUUCGUUUGAUGGCAAUGCGGUCUCGUGGCAAAAUCUUCCUUUGUUAAACGCGACAGUAAUAUACGAUGGAGGAGAGAUAUUUCCUUCUCAAGCAGAAAUUAAUUUCCUGAGUGUUACAGUGGAAAGUAUCUACAAUCCACCGAUUUUUUUUACCGAAGAUGCGGAUUAUAAAGGAGGCACGAUAAUAUAUGUUGACAAUGAGCUUCCGGAAAAUGUAAUAUUCGAAGACGGUAAAUGGACAAAAUACCGCGAUUUAGAAAGAACCAAACGAUGGCGAAGCUUAUCAAAGUUAAAGAGUCGCGCCAGAUUGUCGAAGUGGAAACUCGACUACGAUUACGCACAUAUAAAAAAUAUGCUCGACGUAGAAUUCGACUUACAGAAGAAAAUAUGUCAAGACGAACCUAGAAUCGAGUGGAACUUUAUGAAUCGCAGCAUAUUGCGUGAUGUGGGAAGCGAAAUGAUGAAGAAGCAUCUUGUCAAGUAUAAAUAUUGGCCAUUUAAAUUUAUGGUAAGCAAAAAGAGUGCGGAAAAGAGCAACCUUAAACAAAACGAAGAAGAAUUGAGUAAAUGUCAACUUUUUCAGUGUUACGUCGAUUUAUCAGAGCUUGUUUUUCCGGGAAUAAAAAGCACUCAUGUAAUUGCGCAAUUGUACACGUAUGAUGCAUCGAGUAUAGCUGAGAAGACUGGUUUGGAAAAAGAUAUUUUCUAUACAGAAUCAAAGAAGGGUUUCUUCAAAUUGGAUUUCGAAUAUUUGAUUCAGAUGGGUAUCGAAAUAACACAAAGUACCCCGUUAAUUUCGGAGACUGGCGAACCUGUGUUUGUCAUAAUCGAGGUCGAGCUUUUUUAUCCACUUGUCCCCUGUAGACUUGAAAAUGACUUUUCAGACAUAAUCGAGGAGAUGAUGAAGCCGAAAGUAACUAAGUCGCAUUACGUUUAUUCUCUCGAUUUAGCGGAGCAGCAAUACGCAACUUGUAUUCGGAAAAUAGUGGAGAUUAUUACGGAAAGCUACAGGGAUUUUCGUGACGAAAAAAAGCGGGAAACGUUAUCCGCAUUAAAAGAUCAGGAAGGUGAUUCUGAAAAGGUGGAUAAAACGAAGUACUGUUUCGCUCCUGAAGAGGAUGAGCUAACUUGUUUUACACAAUAUCUAUAUAAAACUGGCACGUACUUAAACAUACGCAGUACUUUGAAGCUAAAAGUGAUCACGUUGCUGGAUCAAAAAUUCAAGACAAACCUGAAUACCGUACACUCCAUUGACAGCCAGAAUUUUGUAGCAUCUGUAUACACAUAUCUUGUCGAACAAAUGCAUCUGGCCAUUAACAAGAUCGUUGAAAGCCGCCUUGAGGACGACGAUUCGCCGAGCAUUGCAAUACCUAAAAAAUUAUUCUUCUACGCUGAAGAGGCUUACGAAUUAGGUCAUGUAGAUGAUGCAAGACGACAUUAUCAGGCUGCAAUCGCGGCAGAUAAAAAUGAUGCCGAAGCGUGGACCAAAUAUGCAAUUUUUCUCUUAAAAAUUAGCGAUGCAGAGCGCGCAAGGGAGAGUUGCCGUGAAGCGAUUCUUUUGAACAAACGAGAUAAAUUCGCUUUAUUGACGUUCGGAUUGAUUCUCGCGGAAGAUCAAAGUUAUCGAGAAGCAGAAAUCUUUCUGAGAGCUGUUACUGAUUUUUAUCCUCGAUUUGUUGAAGGAUGGAUUAUCUUACAUCUUUUUUACACCCGCACAAAUUACAGCCCAGGAAUAGAUUUUGCGUUACGAAUAGCUGAAGAAUGCAUGAGAAACGGAGAUCUCGACGCGGAUAAAAAAGAGACGGAGAUCUCGAGCAAAGAUCCUCUCGCUUGGACAAUGAUUCACUGUCCACGAGACAACGUGUUUAUGAUAACAGCCACACUCCUACUAAAACUGCAUUUCUGCGACUUUGCUGACUUAGCGUUGGAGAAAGAAAUGUCUCGAGCAGGUAGAUCCACCCAUGUUCUAUAUUAUUUAGCCGUGCGAUGUUACUUAUCGAAGCAAUACGAAGAAGCUUUAUUGCACUUGAAAGAAGCCAAAAGUAUUUAUGGACUGGAUUACUCUAUAGAUAGUUUAAUGGGACACUGUCAUUUUCAAGAGGGUAAUUUCGCAGAUGCCAUUCAUUACUACGAGUUCGCUAAUUCAAUGUUCAACAGGCCGGAUGAUUUGCAUCUCGUGCAAACAAGAAUGGGACUGUAUUACGAAAACGCCGGUGAUUACGAAUGUGGAUUAAAAGUAUUCCUCACCGCAUGCAGAACUUCACCGACGGCAGAAACGUGGCUUGGCGCAGGAAUCGCCUUUUUUGAGCUGCAACGAUUCACGGAAGCCGAAGCGGCUUUAUCGGAGGCGAACCAGAUCGACAAUCGUAACGCGAUUGUUUGGAAAUAUCUAUGUCUGUUAAACAUGUCUUUACAACGUGAUGACGAAUUCGCUCAGUGUUACGAACAAAUCGCCCAAUGCAUUCUUGUUGUACUUUGUCUGCUUGAUGUAGCGAUAUUUACGAUGGUUAGCUGCAAUGAGUCAAGCAGUGCAAUGCGUCAUUUAGCUUUAAAAAAAGAUGAUGUUCCGCGGGUCAAAAUAAAGGUGUUUCGCGGUCCAACGCAGGAAGAGAAUGACGAAUAUUUCGCUACUUGGGGAUAUUGGAUUCAACAACCCAGCAGAUAAUGUCGAUGUGGCAGUUUUUCUAAUUUUACUUGCUGUCUAUCAUUUAUAUGUAACAAUGAAAUAAGUAUUUCUUCUUU